AUGAAGAAAUUCGGAGUAGCUGCAUUUGAACAAAAUGACUCCUCGUACGAUGACACGUUAAUACAGUUUAAUAAGCAAUCGGGAGAACUGAAAGAACAAUUGAAAGUGUUUCAAGAUAAGUUGACUGAAUUUGCACAGGUUCAUAAUGAUGAAUUGAAAUCCAAUCCCGAGUUUCGUUCCAAGUUCAUGCGCAUGUGCAAUACCAUUGGUAUCGACCCCUUGUCCAUAUUUAUCAAUAAGGAUAAACAUCUGUUUACUGUUAACGAUUUCAUUUAUGAAUUAUCCAUCAAAAUUAUUCAGAUUUGUAGGGAGACAAAGGACAUAAAUGGGGGGUUGAUCUCGUAUAAAGAGCUGUUGACUACUUUCUUUGGCCAUUUGAAGGUGACCGAAGAGGAUCUGGAUGAAGCUGUUAGUAUUCUAAGCGUUUUGGAUGGCGGUUUUGAGACUAUAAAGAUUAGAAAUGACAAAAUUUUGAGGAGCAUCCCUAAUGAACUUACCACUGACCAAACACAAAUUUUAGAAAUAUGUUCGAUAUUGGGCUACGCGUCAGUGUCACUCUUAAAAGCCAAUCUUUCCUGGACUACUGUGAGAAGUAAAUCAGUGCUGAGCGAGAUGGUAACUACAGGGCUCCUCUGGAUUGAUGACCAAACAAAUAGCAACGAACUUUUUUACUGGGAUCCAUCAUGGAUAACAAAAGCGAUAAAUCAGUAA